AAGGAAGUAUAUCAGAAGAUCGCAGAGACAUGUAACUUGGCUCUCGGGAAGAGUCCGAAGUAUGUUUGGAUUGAUACGUGCUGUAUCGACAAGUUAAGCAGCGCACAACUUAUGGAAACCAUCAGCUCGAUGUUCGAGCUGUAUAAUAAAGCAGCAAACUUCUUCGUGUAUCUUCAAGAU